CGAUAAGAUAACGAAAGAAACCAAAAAUUUCGCGGCAUCCCGAUUCCCUCUAAAACCACUGGACGGGAUUUUGAUUGCAGCCUUUUGACAAGGCCACAGGAUUAUCGUCAUGGCCGGCUCACAGCUCAAGAGGCUCAAAGCCUCGCUCAGGGAGCAAGGAGUUAUUGGCCCGCAGCAAUCGAAGAAACAGAAGCGCAAGAAUGCCGAGGAUCAGAAAAGCCGGAACGACAAAAGACUUCAACGAUCCGCCGUUCUUGAGAACAUCCGGGAACAGUUCAACCCCUUUCAGUUCAAGACAAAUGCGCGGGGGCCAAAGUUCGAGGUUACCACCAAUCGCCCUGCCGGCGACAGGGCGUCUAUGGGCAUCAAUGGCAGGCCGGGCCUAUCCAAGGCUAUAGGCGAAGAGAGGCGUCGCGAAACUCUCCUGGUCGAAAUGCAGCGCCGUAAUAAAGUUGGCGGGAUACUUGAUCGGCGCUUCGGCGAAAACGAUCCUACCAUGACCCCCGAGGAGAAGAUGCUCCAGCGUUUUGCACUGGAGAAGCAAAGGAAUUACAAGAAGAGCUCCGCUUUUGACCUCGAGGAUGACGAGCCAAUGGACGGACUUACCCACAUGGGGAGGUCUCUUGCGUUUGACGAAGGGGAGGCUGUCGUGGAUGACUUCGACGAGUCUGAUCUUCCCUCGGGCGACGAGUCCGACUCCUCCCAGGCUGAACGGAAGAGGUUAAAACGAAUGCGACUCGAGGCCAUGGGGGAAGAGGGGGGCGACCCUGAGAGCGAAGAGCCGGAGAGGAAAAAGACCAAGAAGGAGGUGAUGGAAGAAGUCAUCGCCAAGUCUAAACAUCACAAGUACGAGCGUCAAGCCGCCAAGGACGAAGACGAUGAUCUCAGGGCCGAGAUCGACAAGGAGUUGCCUGAUCUUCGAGCCCUGCUCUAUCGGCGAGAAGCGGCACAGGCGGGCAAUGGGAAGGGAGACCGGGGAGAGCAGUCUCUGAUCGCCGGUAUCGACAAAAGCACAAUGGAGAAAGAUUAUGAUCUCCGGCUCAGGCAAAUGAUCCAAGACAGGCGUGCUCAGCCGUCUAUGAGGACCAAGACCGAAGAAGAAAAGGCCGAAGAAGAGUCCACGAGAUUGAGAGAGCUUGAAGAGAAGCGUCUAAGGCGGAUGGAGGGCCAGCAGGACAGUGAUGAGGAUGAGGAGUCCGGUGAUGAUAAGGAAGCGACGGGAGCCUCGGCGGCCACCUCGGCCAAAGCCGUCGACGGGGAUGAGGACGAUGAGUUCGGCCUUGGAAGGGGGAUCAAAAUGCGGGCUACAGCAACGGAAUUGGGAUUCGAUGACGAGGACGACUUCAUCAUCGAUGACGAUUUGGUUGCCAGUGGAUCCGAUCUUGAUAUUGACGAAGACGACGAGUCCGCUUCGGAUGCUGAAGCAGAAGAGUCUGAAUCCGACGAUGAAUUCACAAAGGGGCUCCUGACCGAGACAGAAUCGAAGCAUGUUCUUUUCCAAGGUCCUGGCAAGGCGCAUGGCGACGAUGAGGACGGCGUUCCUUACACAUUCCCCUGUCCGCAGACACACGCCGAGAUGCUCGAGGUCUUCAAGGCUGUUAAUAUUUCGAAGCUGCCGACCGCGGUGCAACGGAUCCGAGCGCUAUAUCAUCCGAAGCUGGACAGUCGCAACAAGGAGAAGCUGGGCAAUUUCUCGAGGGCCCUCGUUCAGCAUAUUUCCUAUCUCGCGGGAACCCCUGAACCCCAGUUUUCAGUGCUCGAGGGCCUCGUACGACACGCCCACUCCUUGGCGAAGUCCUUCCCAAUCGAGGUGGCUAAAGAAUACCGAGCACGUAUCGAGGAGAUGGGCAGGGAUCGGCCGUUGUCGCCGAAUGUGGGCGACCUCAUAAUCCUCAAGGCGGCGGCGACCACUUUCCCCACGUCGGAUCAUUUCCACCAGGUUAUUACGCCGGCGAUGCUGUCCAUCGCCCGGUAUCUGGGGCAGAAGGUGCCGGAGAGACUCGCCGAUUAUGCGACCGGCACGUACCUAUCGAUUCUGGCUCUUGAGUACCAGAAACUUUCCAAGCGCUAUGUGCCGGAGCUGAUGAACUUCUGUCUGAACACGCUAUACUCGCUGGCCCCUGAGAAGCCGGCUGACAGGCUCGGAUUCUUCCCCAUCCACGAGCCCCCCUCCCGCAUCCGCAUACGGAACGGCCAGAAAGCACCCCUGAGGAAACUGGCCUUCAGAAACUGCCAGCCCGGCGACGCGCUCCCCUCCGCAGACGCCGAAUCCCUGAAGCUAUCCAUCCUCUCCGCCACCACAGCGGUGGUCAAAGCCGCCGCGGAGACAUGGUCGGGCAAGCCAGCCUUCUACGAGACCUUCCAGCCCGCGCUCGCCAUCCUCCAGCACCUCGCCACACCGGCAUGCCACCGGCACCUCAACCCGGCCGUCCAAGCCUCCACCACCCAGUCCUCCGCCUACCUCUCGCGCGCCCUCCGCCUAGCGCACGUGUCCCGCCGCCCGCUGGAGCUGCACCACCACCGGCCCCUCGCGGUGCGGACCAGCAUCCCCAAGUUCGAGGACUCGUUCGACCCGGGCAAGCACUACGACCCGGACCGCGAGCGCGCCGAGCUGGCGAAGCUGCGCGCCGAGCACCGGCGCGAGCGCAAGGGCGCCAUGCGCGAGCUGCGCAAGGACGCGAACUUCCUCGCCCGCGAGAACCUGCGCGCCAAGAAGGAGCGCGACGACGCGUACGAGCGCAAGUACCGCCGCCUCGUGGCCGAGAUCCAGAGCCAGGAGGGCAAGGCCGCCAACGACUACGACAGGGAGAGGGACGCGAGGAAGAGGGCGUCGAAGAGGGGGUGAGGUGGGUGCCUGGUGGAGGAUAUUUAUGUAUAUAUGUGGUUUGGGAGGGGAAAAGCUACUAUUGCUCUUUUGCAAAAAACGCGAUCAUCGUGUUCAUAUUCCAGACUGCCAGAAAGCACCUGUGGCAUUACCGUAUCAUCACUCGCGCGCCAUACUCAGAUAAUGAUACCCGCCAUCCCAUCAUAGAGGCCUGGCCUUUUGUCCCCAGAUGAAGAAGUCUUUAUUUGAUUGAACCAAAGCAUACCAGGCACAU